CCCCUGCGUACGUUUGUCCGCCAGUGCUGUGCGCGUAACCUGGGUGGGUGCGCGCUCCCGAACUCUGUAAACGCGGCUGUGGUGUGCGCGCGGCGCGUGCUCGGUGUAGAAUGGCGGCUCUUUUGGAAUCGGUUUUGCGGGAGGAGGUGGAGGCGAGUCGGGCCGUGCGCUGGAUCAAAAAUGUGCAGCUGGAGAAUGGCAGCUGUGACAGCCUUGCUCAGUUUUCCGUGCUCCGGAGAGACUUUGUCCCAUUCCUGCUCAACUUCCUCCGUGAGCAAGCCAGUCAGAUCCUGGCCAAUGGGCCUUCCACCCCGGCCAAGACCCCCAGCUCCAAGGGACUGCGGACCCCCGGGUACCCCAGUGAGAGGAGUGGGGUCUCUCAGAGCGGCCGCGCGCCCCCGAAAGGAGCCAGCCGGGUGCAGCUCUUCUCGCCACCCCCCUGCAGUCCUGCGCAGCCUGAGUUUGACACGCCAGGCUCCCAGUAUCUCAGCGGAAUCACCUCAUUGAGCAGCCCCAGCUUCACGGCCAGCCCUGCACCCAGGAGGUCUGACCAGAGAGCCAGCCUGGGAGAAUUCCUGCCCUCCUCCCCGGACCCCCAGCCCCCCCAGCGUCGCGGCAGGAGACGGGGUGGUCCGACCAGCAGUGGAGGCCGGCAGCCAGGCAGGGAGGCAGGACGCGGGCUUAAUGAGGAGACGGGCCGCUGGGACAGGGGAGGCAGGACUGAGACCUCUAUCACCCCCCCUCCACCCCAGCUCAACAUCAACAACCUGGAGGACUUCCCUCUUGUCGGGGCUACUCCUACACCAGCUGGCAGCAAGACGAAGCCAUCGCGACGGAUCAACCCGACACCGGUGAGUGCAGAGCGGCCCCGCUCGAAACCAAAGAACUGCUUCACCUCCACCCCGCUGAGCCAGCCACCCCCCUCCCCCGCCAUCCCAGAGUCCCCGGGGGCAGGGCCGGACUGUUGGCUGCAGGAGGAGCGGGAGAUGCUGCGCAGAGAGAGAUCCAAGCUGUCCCAGCAGACCAGCUCUCCAGGACUCCCCCCUGCCCUUGAACCCAGCACCCCCACCAAGCUGGGCUCCAGCAGAACCAGCUCCAGCGGGUCGGCGGACCGCCUCUCUCCCACCGCGGAUUUGCACAAGGUCUCCUCCUCCUGCCAGCUGGACCUGCUAGCUGAACUGCACUGCGCCUGCAUCGCGGAGAACCUGGUGCCCAAUGUCUUCCUGGAGCUCUUCUUCGUGCUUCAGCUGCUGACGUCCCGUGGAUCGGCUCCUUCUGAGGAGCAGCAAGGGGGUCCCGCAGUCUGCAGGGGUAGCUCUAAACACACCCCUCCUGCUUCCAACAAUGUGUUGGACAGGCCCUACUUCAACAGCGUGCACAACUGUGUGUACUUUGCAGUCAAGGUCCUGGAAAAUAAUUUUGAUCUCAUCUCCCAGCUGGAUAAAUGCACACUGCGGCUCCUCGCUGAGAACGAGAGGCUGGGCUCCUUCUCUCCAGCUCUGCGAGAUCGGCUGCUUGCUGCCCAUGAAAACAGCACUGCCAAGGUGUCCCGAAUAACCCCGUCCUUCAUUCAGUCUGUUCCGUUCCAGCCAGCCACAGACAACCGCUCCAACUUCUGUAGUGACAAGGCCUUUCACAUCUUCAAGAAGCAGAGAGAUAUUUUCUACGAGCUGCUGAGAGAGUGGGAGGACUUCCACAAGGAGCCGGGCUGGGUGUUCGACAUGGUGCUGGGCAGCAGAGUCAGGGGGAUGGUGAGUCAGCUGACUGCAGCCAGCAAUCACAGUCACUUUGCCAGGCUUUUCCAGAAGCAGCUCAUCCAGAUGUGCAAGGGGACGGGUGGAGAGGCGCCUGACCUGGAUGUACUCGGCAUGCUGGGAGCGGACAACCUGAGCCGUCUAAAGAGACUGCAGGAGCGCUUCAUCCAGCCCCAGAGCAUCAUGGGACCGUGCCCCCCGCCCUCCUUCCCAGGGCAUCAGGAAUUCUUCCGGGAUUUCCUCCUGGCAGCUGGCAGCUACCAGCUGAACCAGCACCUGAUGGACAGCCUGUGCCAGCAGAUCCUGGAGCUUGACUCCAUCUGCAUCCUGGGGCCAGGCAGCAGCAAGGAAGAGGGGGAGGGUGAUGUGGAGCAGCAGGGUGAGAAGCAGCGGUUCUGCUCGGUGCUGACGACGGCUCGCCUUCUUGCCAAGUUCCUGGGUUUCAUCACCUUCCUGCCGUACCAGACCAGGGAGCCACCAGCCAGGGGUGUGCAGGAGGCAGCCAUCGGGGUCCGCAACAAGAGUGCUCCAGUGCUCGAUGUGUGUGAGGUGCUGAGGCAGUCCAUGGUGAAGCAGCGCACGGUGCUCACUGUCCCCUGGCUGGUCGAGUUUCUCUCCAUGGUGGAUCACACCGCCCCGUACCUGCUGCACUACAGGAGGGUCUUCACACUUCUGCUGCAGCUAUACAGGCGCACCUUGCUGGGGACAGACAGAGAGGGGCGCUUCCUGAACCAGCUGCUGAUUGUUGCUGUGCUGGGCUGGCUCUUCCAGAUCCCUGCUGUUCCUGAGGAUCUGUUCUUUAGUGGGGAUUUCAGAGAUGAAACUGAUGUCAAUGAAACACCAGCUUCCACUCAAGGACUGGAUUGUCUCCCCCUGGUGGACCAGCAGUUGCUUUACAUCUGUUGCCCAUAUCUCAGCGAGUUCCGCAAACUACUGGCUGCGUUUGUAGCAGGAAGUGCAGCGAAGAACGGGGGCUUGAUCCGCAAAAUAACACCAACCGCCGCGGAGCCGCUGGAGUCUCCCGCCCCACUGUCCCAACAGAAACUACAGGCGGAGUUGGAGCAGGCGUUCUUUCACAACCAGCCCCCGUCACUGCGCCGUACCGUGGAGUUCGUGGCAGAGAGAGUCGGCUCAAAUUCUGUCAAACACUUCAAAGCCACGCUGGUCUCGGAGCUGGUGCUGUCCGGAGAGGCUCAGCUGCGAGGAAGGCUGAGGGAUGAGAAGGCGAGCGUGGCCAGGCUCUUUGACACCGUGUGCACCCAGCUGUGUGAGAGGGGCAGGCAGGCGCUCAGCCGAGCCAGAGAGUUUUGCAGUGUGAAGAGCCCUGAAGCCGUCAGGAUUUUGCUUCCUGAAGAGACCUCUGCAGCAGUUAUAAGCACAGCAGAGGACAUUGCAGUCAGGCUAGCCACCGAGAAGGCGUGCACCUGGCUAUCUGCUAAUAUCGCAGCCUUGAUUAAGCGAGAGUUGAAGGCGGCCUUCGACCGGAUGAUGAAAUCCCUGCCGCCACCUCCUGUCGGUGCCUUGUCCGAGGGGGAGACCCCGAGAGAGCCCCCUGAACCCACAGCGAGCAGGCUGGAGGAGAAGGGGGCCAGCUGCCCCCCCGGGUGUGAGCACAAAGCCACGCUGCCCUCCAACCUCAUCAUUGAGAUCAAGGAGGUGCUGAGUGUGACGCUGGGGCCCCGGUCCCAGGAGGAGAGGGUCGGUUUCCAGCAGAUCCAGGACCUUCUGCAAAGACUGGGGGAGACUCUGUGCUGCAGGAAGUUCAUAUUUCCAGUUCCAGAGCAGAUGUUGGCACGGUGCUCCGUUGGACUGGCUUGUGUGUUGGUGUCAGGCCAGCUGCCUCUCGGUGAACCUGAGCUCCCUGCGGAGGAGGGCAGUGCCAGGGGGAGCCCGGUCCGCGCCCUGCUGAAUCAGCUCCUGGGACUGUGGAGACACGUCUUCCGCACUCCCGUCCCUCUUCAGCUGCUUUUCACUGACAAACACCUGGCUUCCAUCCUGGAGGCUGGACACACACAGUGGGAGGAGUUCCUGUUUCUUGUCAGCGAGCUGCAAGGAAGAGGCCUGCUGGGGGCAGAGGAGGUGCAGAGCAGCUGGAAGAGCCUGUCUGCGCUGUCUUGGCCCACGGUGAGUGCACCGAGACCGGGGCUCAGCCCACACUCUACCCCUGAACCAUACACGGACUUUAUGGAACAAAUCAAUAGGGCAGCCUGCAGACUUCAGCAGGAGCAAUACCAGGGAGUGCCACUGCAGAACAGUGACUGAACAGCAGGGGGUGCCAGUGGAGACUGGGAUCCCUAUAUUGGAACUGACAAUGGAACCAGUGGAGAAGCACUGUGAUGGAGUUUCUGAAACGCAAAUGGUACAGGGGAGAAAUUCAAGGAACUGCCUGACCCAGAAUUGCACAGAAACUCGCCCCCUGUGGAUACCAGUGAUCUGGUUCACCUGUUCCAUUGCAGUACCAAACAUACAGACAUGCCCCACCCAAAGCUACCUGCACACAGCAUUUAGAUUUCAUCAGUAGGUGUGCUCUUUACAAUAAGAUGGGAGUGAUUACUUCACGUAUGGUUUCCCCUAUUACUUGGAGGUACUCCUGUUUCCCAGUGCAGGGGCAGUCCACUGCAGAGAGCCAGCACCACAUGCUGCUUAAAAAGCAUCUGCUCCCGUUCACCUCUCUCCAGCAAGAAUUGCUGCUGGGCUGGAGGGAGGGAAGAAAAGUGGCCAUAAAGUGGAAAGCCUUCCUAAUCAACUCAUUGAGUGCCUUCCAAGCCUGUUUCUGGUGAGGCGAGGGUGCCUUACCUGCGCUGUACCAGGGGUGGGGAUGAAGACUUGCAUUCCACAGCAGUCCAAGCCAUAUCUCGGCUUUACUGAGACAUCCAAGCUAUUUCCACCUGUUCUGUUACUGGUGGCUACCCUUGCACCAUCCUUUGGCCACUGGCUAUUGCCCCUUCUGUUGCCUUGGAGCCCAGCAUGUUGCCAGUGUGUGAGGAGCCCUGUGCCUCGUCUCAUGGGGUUUAACAUGCUCUCAUGCAUGGUGUGAUGCAGGCUGGGGGCUGCAGGAGCUGCCUUGAACCCUGGUGUUGAUGCUGUUUCUGCCCUUCUCCAUGAAUGCUGACCAAUGCGUUUGUGAUUCCUCUCUAGUUCAUAUUGGACUUCUUGUAUCUUGUUAAUCAUGUCUUUUAAACCAAGUAUUUGAAUAAAAUUAUUUCUUUAUUUAAAAAUUGAAUAGCCUUUUUU